UUAACAUCGAACGAAGACAACUUCCUCCACCGGUGUGAAUCGUCGUAGCACGAAGCUUUCAAUUUCUUUUGUGAUUUUUGGUUUUAUUACGUUCUUUUGGGGUUAGAUAGUGCUGUUCCUUCUUCGCAGCAUGACGAAGUUUACAAACUGUUUCUGGGUAAGUUAUAUUUUACUCGUAAGAGUAUCUUUCGCUGGAAUGCGUCACUGAAUGUGUGUAGGGAUGUUUCUCUCAGCUGUCCAUGACUGCUUGCUCUGAGAUGACAUCUGUGUUUCAGCUCUUUUACUUUGUACAAUGUAUGCGAUGCGAUAAUCUAGUGUUUCGAGCGUGAAAGGUUUUGAAUUUGAAACUAUAACGACAAAUAACCGCAUCUUCGAGUACAGGGUCAUUCCUGGGAUCAUUAAUUUUUCUAUAAAGCCUGCUAAAAAUUUUCUCAUCUUUUCAAAAUCAGUGAUUCAUUUUUUCUCGUCAUGGGGCUUACGUAACUUGUAUUUUCGCCGGCAAACAAAAUUAUGAAUACAUGGCUUUCAAUAAACCUUAAUUAAGUUUUUCAGCAAUUUUUGUCUCCUUCCUCAUCUCCUCUUCCUCAUUGAUCUCCUCCCCCCCAUCAACUCCUCCCCCCCUCUCAUCUCCUUCCUCUUCCUUAUCUCCUCUUAUUUCUGCACCAAGGUAAUUAAUUAGUACUGUUAUUCACUCAAAAUAUUUCCCGAUUCUGAUUGGCUAAAAGCACACGCAUAAUUCACCAUAACCAACUACUGAUGACCAAAUUUGGAAGAAUAAUUUGCAUUUAAUGAACCAAUGACAUCACAUAUCAUCCUCCCUUGGUAAAAGAUGGUGGGGGGGUUGUCAUAAUGUACUGCUCUUGAUAAAAACAGGAUGGGUAUCAGCAUUUAUCUUUCAGCUGAGAUCACCAAGUUGAUUUCUUAUUUCACGUGAUUCUGUGUCGGGUUGUUCAAAGCUGGGUUAAACUAACCUAGGGUUACAAUGUAGUGCAGAAUUUGAAUGCAGCUAUGGUAGCUUAAAAAGCAAAUUCAGUUUAAUUCUUUUCUCUACAAUUUGAUGAUUAGAUUGCCCUAAAGAAAAUGGUGAAAAUUAUCCGAGAAAAUGUUCUUGAGCAAAAGAAUGAAAAAGGUGGAUGAAAAUUUAACCCUGGGUAAGCGCUAAUCAGCCUUCAAGCUACUGGGUCCUGACCGUAAUAUUGUUAGAUGAUUACAGUGGAGUUCUCGAGUGCGCAAAGUGCAUGUACAUGUAGUGGAGCACCAUAGAUAAGAAAAUUUGGUUACCAAUGCAUCCCUGAAAUUUUGGUAGUCAUGUGACCGUACAACCGUCCGUCCUCCCAUCCAUCCCUUUGUCUGUCCGCACCACAGAGAAGCCAAAUAAAACAUGUGAAAUGUUACAUUUCCGAGCUAGUAUGAGAGCCCGUAACCUGUGUUUAACUUGAUAAUAGACAUUGAUUAUGGUCAAGCGACGGCUGUCAAAACAGGGUAUCCACUGGCCAUCAUCUCAUUUGAAUUAGUGCAUUUCUUGCCAGUUUGUGUGAGCAACAGGUUCAAUUAAUAUUUGUACCCUGAGGCUUAGAAAAUUUAGAAAAUUUAGAAAAUUAUUGUAAGUUGCAUUGUAUUUGGAAAAUCAAGUUGCCAUAUUACUACAUGUUUUACAAUGAUAGUCUGUAACUAACACUCUUUAUCCAUGAAUUUGUUCACUCCGACAGGGCACUGACUUUAAUAGCACAGCUGGUUUUGAUGCACUGUGCAAGCGAAUGAGAGAUGGGAGACAAAUGACCCAGGAUUUGGAAGACUUUAUUAGACAAAGGUAAGACUGUGUACAAACAGUUAAUGUUCAGAACCCUGGCAUAAUGAGUGGAAUUCAAGCCCCUAUAGUUAUAAUAAAUUUGUGGUACAGGACACAAAUAAAAUUGUGACAUUCCUCACCUGUUCUAAUAAAUUAUUUUUCCAGUCCAUUAAUAGUUCUUUCCUUCCCCCGCUCUUGCCUUCUUUUGUGUGAUAUAUAAUGAUACUAUAUUUUUGGGUAAUUAAGCGCUAUACUUUGUGAAUUGGUUUUGUUAGAUACUUUAAUUUAAAGGUUAAAAAUCAACAUUAGCUAUCAGCUCGGUGGGAAAAUAAUUACUGACCAAGUUCUGAGCCCUUGCACUAAACAGGGCAUGGUUCCUGAAAGGAUGAUCACAGCACUUAUCCAGGACUGGAUUAAAAUUUUAAUCUAGCAUAGUGAUCGUAUCUUCCUAUAUUAAUUUUGAUAUCAUUUUGAGUAUCGAUCAGUUUAAGGCUAAAGAAAUACCUUGUAAACUUUUCACUUGCAUGUCCUCAGGGCUAAACAAGAAAACUGGGUCUAAAAUUUGGAUUUUUACUGAGCAAGCCCAACCAUCUUUUGAGAACCAGGCCCUUUAAGUGCAUGCUGUCCACUGAAAAGAUAUAGACACUGAGUCAUGUAUCUCUAUCUUGUGGAUAUUGUAUACUUUUACACUGUAAUAUACAGUAACAGUGAUAUUGUUACAAAUAGUUAUGGUGAGUCCUGGGACUCAUCUUGUGAAAAAUCAUGAGUCCCUGUCCAUUUAACCAAUGAGUCCCAGCUUGUUAAUAAAAAAAACAAGGACUCCUACACAUGUACUGUAAAUUGAAAAUUCUUGGGCCUUUAUGUAACCACACAGUUAAAUCUGGAGCCAGCUGAUGCCAAAACUCUUUAUUACAAGAUACUGACAUUAAAAUAUAGUCCUUAUAUAUUUAAUUUAAUUUAAAUCACAAAAAAGAAAAAAAUUAAUUUGCACCUUUAAACAUCAGAGCCCUUCAGAAAUUGAUCAUGUGAACAGGAUUAUAAUAAUUUUACCAAGAAAAAAAUCUUCAAAUCGAUCGAUUGUUGUUUGUGUCCUCCAGGACGCAUUUCAUUAUUUUCAUCUUUGGGGAUUAUUUUUAUGUGUCAGAGACACAGGGUGCAGAAGUAACAAAAUCACUGUGUAGUGUAGCUUCCUUAAUUUAAACCUUUUUCAAUUCUUGGAUUUUGAUUUUUUACCCAGUGUAUGGCAUAAUUUUAUUCUUCUUUUGAAUAACUGGGGCCAGAACCUGAUGGGGAUCUCUAUGUGGCAAAAAAAAACAAAAAAAUUGAUUUGUAACUAAUCUAAAUGUAUAUCAAUUCCCUUACUCUCCACGCUGAUAUACAGGGGUAGAGAAUAUUACAUGGCUGGGCGGAGAGACAUACAACAUUUCUCUUUAAGUGUUAGAAAACAUUUCACUCUUUUACUUCACUCACUCAUUAUUUCUUCAACAUGGGAAGAGAAAUUUUGUUUCUCCAAGGGGCCAUGUGCAAUCAUGUAAUGUUCUUUUUUUAAAAAAUUAUCUUAAUAUAUUAAUGAUCACCAGAAAUAAAUGUUACAUGUAGUUACACAAACCAUUUCACUUUAUUUUCUUUUUAGCUGCAAAAGGCGUGAUUGAUCAUGUAGCCAUAGCAACAGUGAUCUAAUUUCCACAAGACAGUGAAGAAUUAACGUGUUAUGUAAUUUGUGAAGAUAUCAUGUUUUCACGUAAAGGCUCACCUGGUAUUUCAUGUAAUUCAACAUGAUAUAUCAUAAUUAUUCUAAUAUUUUUAAUUAGGGCUGAUGCUGAGGAGAAGUAUGGAAAGGCUUUGAUAAAACUUGCAGAAGGUGCUAAAGGCAAAGAGGAGAUUGGGUAUGGAUUGAUAAGUAACUAAUGGUCCAAACUGAGAUCAACAGAUGUUAUGUUCUUACUAAUACAUUGUACAUAGUGUAUAAACAAAAAGUCACACUUUCAUCCAUUUACCUUGUAAGUCCUUUAUAAUUAGUCACAACCAUUUACUCAAUUAUUAACAAACGGGGAAAAGUAAAAUUGGCCUUGGGAAUUAAUGGGUGACCUGGUCCUGCUAUAAGUUUAGAGACCCUUCCGGUUCUCUCCCUUGUGAAUAGCUGUCAUGGUUUAAAAAAAAGUGUUCCUUUUUGGUGGAAGCAUAUGAAGCAGUUCAUAAUGUUUCAACACAUUUCCCACUGUUUAUGAGAUAAGAGAACUAUUGUGGUAACACGAGUUUGAAUGAUGGCAUGAAGCAGAUCAACCAUCUUCCUCCAUUUUGGAGUUUUAUGGUGACUGUAAUUAAUUUGGAAGUUAGAGUAUGUCAUCCUUUUGUAUUGUUAAGUUUAAUUUAUAAUUUCCAGUGAAUUUAAAAGGGGGUUAGUAAGGGGGGGAUCAGUAGGGGGUCAGUGUUUUGUCCUAACCCCGUGAAAAUCUCUUCAUCCUGACCAAUUGCCCCUUGACAAGGAGAUUUGUACAUUGUUUAUUUGUACAUUGUACAUUGUUUAUAAUCCUUAUGCAUUAUUGGCAUUCUUAAAUCAUAUUAAAUUUUUGCUCUCUUUUUGGGCCCACUUGCUGUUACUUUGUCUCCUGCAACCCACUCAAUGUAUUGUUUCCCUUCAUAAUUAUAUUAUAUCAUUCAUUUCAGGUUUUCCUUUGCUUGCCUCCUUUAAUUUGGUGAAUGUACAGUGCAACAAAAUGAAACAAAAUUAAUGUCUAUAACUGGCACAUAUAUUCAUUUAAAUAUUGCACAACUUUUUUGAAAUUUUCAGUUUACAAUGUAUUUAUGUUAUUUUUUGUAGGACCCUUAGAGAGUCUUGGGAAGUCCUUAAAACAGGUAUAAAAUUAUAUCAUCUGUAUCUGUCAAUAAACUUAUUAACCUUAUUAACUUAUUUAACAAAGUAUCACUACCUCCACCCCUCUGGAAAUCCCUUUUCUCCCAUAUGGAUAUUUUCUGAAUCCACACAAAACUGAAGGUCCAGAGUGAAUUCAAUUUAAAUUAUUGAGAACGACUAGAAGAAAACACAAACAAAAAAUAAUUAUAUUCAAUGUGCUGUAAAAAAGAAGAUGAAAUUUGAGUGUCAUUGUAUUUAGCAUGAAUUUCUUAUUAGGGACGGACACUAUUUUUAUGUCUCCGUUUAUCACUGAAUACUAGAAUUUAGUAUUCAGUAACAGUACUUUAACCCUGUAAGCCCUGAGAGUGAUCAGCAUCAAAUUUCUCCUUGUAAUAUUUAUAUCUAUAUUUUGUAAAACAGAGUAGUCAUGAGAAUUACGGACAUGAUCUUACAAAAUGAAGUUGCUUGAUAUUUUAUCAACUUCUCCCCACUACUUCUGUAGGAAAUGAAUAGGGCAACAAAUGAGAAUUCAAAUUUUGAUUUUAGGGUUUAAAGGGUUAACAGGAAUUAACAGACCUUUUUACCGAUACGGCAGCCAUAUUGAAUUGCUUCGAUUUAAGGAGUAUUAUGGGUUGCCCAUGGGGCAUGAGUACCAUCAGUUUACUCGCUUAGUAUUAGAAAUAUGGCUUUCACGUUUAAUUUCUCAGGAAAAAGGCGAUCAUUAUUAUACAUGCUAACACGGCACAACGAUCUUUUUUCCCAUUACAAUCUAAUUAUUCUAAGAAAAAUUUAAGGAAAAUGCCUCGAAAGGCGCUUGUAAAUAGUAAACAGGAUGUGCUUAUGCCUCCUGAGCAUCCCAUGAUACUCCUUAGCUCCAACAUAUUCAAUGUUGCCGCCGUAUCGGUAAAAAGGACUAUUAAACAGUCAUAAUUUAUGAAUUGCAUCCACAACAAUCAUGUACAUGUACAUCUAUUGUAUGUGAGUUGUUAUUUGCUUUUACUGUUAUGAUUGUUUAUUUUUGUCUGCAGAAACAGAAAAUAUUGGCAAAGCACAUAUUUCUCUGGCUCAGCAACUUACUGAACAACUAGAACAAUGUAUCAGUCAUUUUAGAGAAGGACAGCGCGAAAAACGGAAGAGGGUAAAAUGCCAUUAUUAAAUUUUUGAAAUACAUGUUUGUCACAUUGUUAGCAUAGUCCAUGACCAAUCGGCUCCAGUGCUUGCAGGUGACCUGUUGGGCCAGUUUUCUUGAAUUCUAAAUGUAGGUGACUCAGACCAAAAGUUGUGUCCCUCAAUGUUGUGUAAAACUGUUGUCAAUUAGUUACGUGACUUUGAAAAUAGAGAGGAGAUUACCCUGGGUGAGUUCAGAUCGAGUUAGUUGACAACAACAAUAUUAAAAUGGCCAUAAAAUAAUUGCAGUUUGGAAUCAGUUGUAGAAGAACUUAUUCACCACUUGGACGUUUUUCACGUCAGAAUUAAAAUUAAAAAAAGGUAAAAAUCGUUAUAUUGUUUUCUUGUUCAUCAAGGUUGAGGAAUCAGUUAAAAGAUCACAAAGAAACAAAAAGACUUUUUUUGACUCAAGUUUUAAGGUACGUUAGUCCUGCUGUUCAACUAAAUUCUUUCUUUAUUUAUGCAUGUGCUUAAUAUUUAGAUCGUAGUUUCCUCAUUGAAGUUAUAAUUUACUGUAGUUUUUUUUAGCACUCACCUGUGUAACAGAUUAUAUUUUCACUCGGGAAAGACGCCGAGUGCAAAAUAUGUAAGACAAUUAAGUUCGGUUGUGUUAACCUUACAACCAAAAUGGAUUUACAUGUAACAUCAGGAUUGACAAUCGAGAAGCUUAAAGAAAACAUAGCUGAACCACUGUUCUGCCUAAAAAAAUAUAUAGUAAGAAUGGACUGAGGUAAGCAUGAAUAAUGAAAUGAUCAUUGGAAUUGUCUUCCGUGUGAUAAUGAAGAAUUUUAAAUGCAGACCUUGGGGGUGUUAUCUGCCUCCCUUUCAGCCUCGUUAGAUAUUACACCCUCUUCGAUUCGGCAUAACUGUUCAUGUCAUACUCAGCCUCAUCCAAUAAUUCGUCUUAAAAUAAAUUUAAGAAUUCAAUAUUAUGCAAACUAAGAUGGUUGAUUCUCAUUAUACUCAGCUUAAACGAAAUUAUGAACAAAGAUGUCGAGAGGUGGAUGCAGCAGAUGAAGCUUUCAAAAAAUCAGUUUCUCUCGCAAGCAAGGACGAAGAAAAGGUGAUGAAAGUAAAGUGGUCAUACCUUCACUACCAAAGGCUAAAAAAAUCUAUUUGGUAUCCGGUUUAUGAACGACAACUUACUUCAUUACAGGUCAUGUUUUAACAUGGACGUUUCAAAUGCAGGUUCUGCAAAACGAUUGAUUUAAUACUAUUUUCAUUGCAGCUGUAAGUGGAUCCAUCAAUACUUCUGUAAACGUUGAGUUAUCUCAGUUUAAAGUGCUCAAAAAGAAGAUCAGUGACCGUUGUGAUCUGUAACUGAGAAGUUGCAGUUGCCAUAAUAAUCAAGAUUGACCUUUUCACAAAGUUUAAGCUGAAAAUUUUCCAGUAUAAAACUCCUUUAAUUUUUCAACAAUUUACGGUAUAUCUGAACGCGCUUAAUUAGUUGCCAAGACUUGCUUAUCAGGCGAGCUAUUCCACAGUGUUACCUUUUGUCGCUAUCACUUUUAAUUAGGUCAUUUUGUUUUCUCUACAAUUAAGUUACAUGUAUUAAAAAAAGCAGCAACAACAACUCGCCCAAUUUAAGGUAAUCCAAGACAGUCUUAAAUUCUGGAUUCCACGCCUUGGAUUUGGACUCCAGGAACUGGAUUCCAGAUUCCUUGUUAGUGGAACUUGGAAUCUGGAUUCCAUUUAUUAGUGGGAUUCUUGAUUCGUUGAGCUGUAUUCCAGAUUCCAAAGGCUAGGAUUCCGUAUUCCACAAGCGAAAAUUUGCCAGAUUCCGGAUUCCGCAAACAAGAAUUUCUCGGAUUCAAAUAACGAAACUUACAGUCGUUCGUUUUCUUGUCAAAUAGCUGAGAACUCGACUUGGCAAAGCAAAGACAGCAGUCGAACAAGCAGGUGAGAAAAUCAGUCCCAUUUCUUAAAGGAGCUGUGUCACGAAAUUUAUCAAAGUUUUAACGGUGGUAACCGCCAACAAACUGAGUGAAAUACAAAAAUAUCUGGUUAAAACUUGCAAAGAAAGUAUAAAUAACAUAGCAAAUACAAACUUGAAGAAGGCUGAAACGGAGUACAUUUGUGGUUGUCUUUCAGAUUUCAGUUUGGCGUGUUAAUUGGCGAGCACCAUCUUAUUUAGUGACCAGUUACCCGAGUCUAAGCGGACAAAAUUGUUAUCCAAGCCUCAAUUAAUCGGCGUCUUGUCCCUUCCCCAGAGGGUGGCCGCUUGAUGUUGGUUCGAAUGUACAUAAAUAUAUUUGCUAGUUUUAUUAUUAUUUUUAUUAUUAUAAUUAUAAUAAUAAUAAUUAUUAUUAUUAUUAUCAUUAUUAUCAUUUAUUUUAUUUUAUUAUUUUUUUUUAGAUUCAGCUUACCAGAAUUCAGUACGCCUACUUGAAGAUGCGCGUCUGCUGUGGGAAAAAGAAAUGGAACAAUGCUGCGAAGUAAGAUUCUUUGAUGUUUUUGCUCAUUGAAAAGUAAUUACCUCAGACAUAAUAAAUCAGUCCCUCCGUUUGCCGAAAAGCUGAAUAUAUACAGCGCCAACUGCAGUGUAAUACCGUAUUAUUAAGUUAUCACUUGUAUGGUCAUUUCCCUUGGCCUUUAUCUACCAAGUCACUGGUCCCCGAGAUGAGCUCGUCUCCCCGAAAUGUCUAUUUUCUAGUAGCGAGCAUCAUUGCGCGCAAUAUGCAGGUAAAAGCAUGGCAGUUGAUCUAUAAACUCUCUUCCCUUUCCGAAAUUGCUAGACUGAACUUAAUGGUAGGAGAUACACUGAGUCUAUUGACAUACUGUGACCCAGGCCUUUUAAAAAGAUAAUGGAGGCUGGGAGGUGAUGCAGACCAUGUAUGACCAUGUUGCCCCUUUCUUUCCGGUCAUCAUUUGCAGCGUUACUAUUACUUGAAUUAUUUUGUAGUCAUAUGACAGUUCUAGCUGUAAAACCUUUAUUACUAUCAUUAUAACUAUCAUUAUUAAUUCUAUACUCUUCCGUGUUCAAAUAGGUUUUUCAAGUCUUAGAGGAGGAAAGGAUCGCAUUUUUGCGGAAUGCCAUGUGGGUGUAUGCCAACAUUACUUCCCUAAAUUGUGUCAAGGUCGAUGAGGUGAGAAUGUUAUUAAACUUCAAAAAGGACACUGGUGUUAAUUUUUAGAGCUUAUACUAAAACUCGCAACAGUGCAAAAAUUGUUAGUUGGAUGCCGUGGGACGCCAAUGUUGGUAGCACGUACAUUGUUGACCAAGAUUAAAAUUUAGCCACAGAGCUCUCCAAGUUGUGGCAGAAGAACAAUUGUUCUAAUCAUUAUUGGAUUGCUGGGAUUCGUGAGGAGGAUCCUCAUCAAGCCUCUAAAUCUCUUUUCCAUCAAGACCGAGUUAUACAACAACAACCUGCAAAAGAGGCGAAUGCCACACGAAGAUUUUUAACUUGCUGCUUAGAGGACCAGUUGUACUCCGCCUAGUGAAGAUGAUGAUGAUGAUAAUAACAGUAAUAUAAGUAAGAUGUUGAAGGUCUAAUGGUCAUUAAGGCCUUGCCAUGAUGAUGGCGAUGAUGACGAUGAUGAUGAUGAUGAUGAUGAUGAUGAUGGCGGCUUUUUAUUAUCUUUCUUCACUCUUCCUUUCCAUUGCAAUAGGCCACUUUCACGAUGGCGUCAUUUUACUACUACAACCAGAAUCCUUCAGGGUUUUGCUUUCUUUUGCAAAUUAGGGCUUUUGUUAUUUAAUCCUCGCUGGGAUUACCAAAUUUAAAUAUGAAAGGAAAAACGUAAGGGAUUCUGGUCCUAUUAGUAAAAUGACGCCAUCGUGCAAAUGGUCUAUUAUAUUAUUAAAUGGUAAGUAUUUGAUUGUCGCAUGUCAUGUUUCCUUUGUUCUUCCUUAUUAAACAGAUUUGUGAGGAGGUAAGAAAGAGUCUUGAACACUGCGAAGUAGACUCAGACAUUCAUCUUUUUAUCAGCAUGAAGCAGACUGGAAUGGAACGGCCAGGUAAGUUAGCUUGCAAAACAUUAUCAAAUACCCUCUUACCAUCCUUUUCUCUCUUACCUACAGUAAUCUUAGAUUCAAAAUUCGUUUGGAUUUAGAAUUCCGUCAAGCAAGCCAUUCAAAUAGCACUGGUACUUAAUGUACCCUGUAUGAAAACUAGGCUGACAAAACGCUGCUUCACACUUGACUUAGGGCGGAAAUCUCUGGUAAACGUUCUACAAUUAGUGAAAACAAGAACACCGAAAAUACCUUUAGCUAUGUAAAGUGAGUAUUCAAACACCGUCAUUGCAAGUAAGGCACAUACAGUACAGUCUGAAUGAAUUGCUACUGUACUUGAAUUCACAAGAUCAGUGACUACUGAUUCUCGAGAGCUGCAAAUCGUGUCUCGCCAAAAUCAAGGCGAGACUGCUCAUUUUCCUUAACGUGGCUCACAAACAGAAUGAAUUUAAUACUUAUGUCAUCGUUAUGAUCGAAGAGUUCCGUCUUUUUCAUCAAACCAUAGUAGUUGAAUAUCCAUCACAGUACAAUGAUUUUUUUUAUUUUCAUUGUUGUUGAGGGAACUUGAUGAAGGUCCCACAUGAAUGUGAAGCGGUAUUUUUGAAGCCCAUUUCGGGUGCUGUUUAUGUCGUUUAUUGUUGAAAUACAAGAAUACAAACACAACUACAACAAAAACAAAAACAAUGAUCGAAAUUCAUUCCUUGGCGCCGAAGAUGAGGGGAAUAUAUAUAAAAGAAAUUCGUAGAGAUUCAAGGAUCAUUUCUUUUGUGCCCCUCCGCCUGGGAGCUACGUGUUUAUUUUAAUAAUUAAGAACUGGUUUAUUAACACAUUGUUUCAUUAUUGUCCACUGCAGCUCGAAUAGAAUAUGAGAAUUUUUACAUGGUGCAGUCAACACAAAAGGUAAUGCCAACGUCUAGCGGUUUCAAUAUCAGUGGUCCGAUGCCAGGAACAUUCCAGCAUUCCAAAGAAACCAACAUGGCACAACCAACCGGUACCCCGAAAUUACAUGGUCGCAGGCCCCAGAUCCCUAUCCCCGAUAUUCCUGUCCAGGCAGGUGAGUAAACCCUACUCUCCCAUGCAGGCUACAUUUUGGUCGUCACGCAAUGAUAUCUCGAAGUAUUGCGUGACAACCUAAGGAGAAGCUGCUUAGGAGACUGAGUUGACUCCGCCAAUCAUCUGGGAAAAAAAUGUUGCUAGGAAGGUUUACUUCGUGAUCUUUUCAAUCUACUUUGGGAGGGAGUUAUCUUCUCAUCAUACUUUCUUUGUGGAAGAAAUUACUUAGUUUUCCUUUUUUCUUUGUUUUAAUUUUCCUUUCGUUGCUAUCUUUGCUCUAAUGUUUUCCGGAAGGGUCAGCAAAUAUGAACAGUUACCUACAUGCUCCUGGUUAUGUUUAGUUUUCCCAUUUUUGCGGUAGUGUGGAAUUUGGCUUAUCUUACCUCAGGGAAACUGGUAAAUAACUAGAUUGUACCGUCCUGUUAUUUGCCUCAAAUAGUCCUGCACAUAAAAGUGGAAUGCUCGAUGUGAGAUGUUUCUUACCAUUUCAGUGAUAAGCCACUUAUUAAUUAUAAAGAAUCCCAGAAUAGUUCGGCAUUCUUCCAGUGAAACCACUCGCCUGCGGCUCGUGGUUCCACUUGAGUUUUGAACAUUUUAUGAUCGUUUCUAUGGUCUAUAAGAGUGCAGACCAUGGAAAGUUGAGGUCGAUUUGUUAAAUACUCCCGAAAACUGUUAUUCACGUGCCUAUGUACGCAUAAUGUAUGACAGGACAAAGGGGUGAGAUCCUUAAGACCGAGACCUUCAUUGGGAAAGCAAAGAAUACAAGCUUUUAAGCUUGUGGACUACUUAGACCUCUUAAAAGAGGUCUAUUCUCUAUUGUUUGUCGUUCUUUCGUAUUUUGCAGGGUCUUUAGAUGAAUCGAUGUAUUCCACAGUAGACGAGACAAACAAAGCAAAAAUUAAGGAACAGGUUUGUCGUGCGCAGUUUGAUUACGACGCACAAGGUGACCAGGAAUUAUCGUUCAGGGCAGGAGAUGUUAUAAAGAUUCUUUAUAAAGAGGACGAUACUUGGUGGUGUGGAGAAUUCAACGGAAAGAAGGGCAUGUUUCCAAAAGUUUUUGUAGACUUAAUGAAUCAUUGACUUGUUCCGUACGAUGGAACUACGCAAUCCAUGCAUCCGUUAAAACAACCGGGUGAAACCUGUAUUAGAUUGACACCCACGGGACUUAAAUACACAGGUUCCUUUUACUUAAAAUAUGGAAAGAAACGUUUGAAAAAAAUGAGCCAUUCGUCCGCUUAAUACAGGUUUAACUGUAUAUACUUUAGGCAAGCAAAUGGAUAAUCAAUGCUUAACACAGUUUUUUAUUAGUGAAAUCAUCUAAUCUUGGUAGUGCUGUUGUGAACGUACCAAGGCGUUUACGGUAUUUUUUUAGCUACACUAUAGUUUCAUUUAUAAGCUUAUCUCUCCUUUGAAAUACUGGUUUGGAAUCUAUGACCAGCCUUUAAAAGGACCAACAGACAGGGGCACCCAACGAGAAUAUAGUUCAAAACCACUUAAACAUUGCAUUGUUGAAUGUAUUUUAGUAUUUAAACGGUAGAUAUAGCAAUAUUUUUAUCCCCUAAAAAUUUUUUAUCUGUUCGGAUUUCCUUGCUGAAAGUCUAGUGAUCCGAAAAUUAUAGAGAUCAAAACUUACCUUUUCGAAAAUUUCAGCCAGAAAAAAGGCGCCCGAAAAUUCUAGGUGACCUUUUUAGGGUAAAAAUCCGUUAAAAAUGGGCAAUUAUACCAUUUUGGGGGCGUUCGAAAAUCCUAGGAGAGGUGGGCAAGCAAGAAAUUUAACAACAAAUGUUCCGAAAAUUCUAGAUCUCAAAUCGUCUUGCGAACAGAUAUUUUCCAAAAUUGUCGUUGGGUUCCCCUGAACAGACAAUCCAAAUUUCGUCCCAUAUGAACCAUACAAGGGUGUGGUGCAUGGAUAUAAAGGGACAAAAGUAAACAGCAUAUUUUGUUCUUAGUGCCAUCGUAGCUUAAUCAAAACUAAAACACAAACAGCGGUGAUAAACAUUGUGAACUUUCACAUUUUGAUAUAAACUCGACGUUUCGUAUGCUAGUCAACGUAUUUGUCAAUUUUGUAUACAUGUAAAUAGUCU